CACUGACAACAUUCGCAGUCUGUUGUUUUUCGCGCGUGCUAUGGUGUUCCUUUGUUUUCGUUAUUGAACGUGAGUGAUGUUAGCGAUGGAGUGGUUAGAAGACGAUGUAAUGCUAUUAAUUGAAGAGUACAGACACCACAGAUGCCUGUGGGAUCCAAGAGAUCCAGAAUUUAAAAUGCACACCAGAAAAAAUGAAGCUUGGCAAGAAAUUGCGGAAGCACUGAAAGUGCCAUCUGAGGAAGUGAAGAAGAAAAUUAACUCCCUACUUGCUUCCUUUAGGAGAGAGAGAAGGAAAGAGGCCGCAACCUCGGGAAUGCCUGCAGGCAAGAAAUACCGUUCCGGCUGGUUUGCCUUCAAAUCGAUGUCAUUCCUGCUUGAUAAAGUUGGAUGGACAAAAGGCAGAUGCUCAGAGCAAAGCGAUCCACUAAUUGUGGGGUGCCACAGCUGCAUCAUAUUAUGGGAGAACACAGUUGAAGAGGUUGAUAUAGAUGUGACAAGUUUGGAAGGGUCUGAAGAUGAGGGAACAAGUAAUGACAUUGUCCUACAAACAGAAUAUCCUGCAUCAGAUGAAGUACAAGUAGGGGAUGUAGAAGAACCUCCAAGAAAGAAGAAUAAGUGUAGAAAAGGAGAUGCAUAUGAUGAAGCUGCUGCUGAUCUGAACAUGAUCAUAAAUAUAAUUGACACCAUCAGAAACAAAAAACAAGCUACAAACAACAAGAAACAAGAAAAAAAGUCACCACGUGACAUAUUUUCUGAUUAUGUGGCAUUUAAAUUGAAAACCUACAAUAACCAUGUACAGAACAUAGUGCAGUUUAAAAUUCAUGAAGUGUUCUUCCAGGCAGAUAUGGGCAAUUUUGACAGCCCCUCUACCACAACAAACCAGCAAACUGAAAUUAUUCAGCCCUCUCCAUCUUCUUCCACCAUAACUAUUGACACAAACGAUACAAAACAUUCCGAUACUGUGGUACACACACUUUUGCUAUAGUUUUUAUUUCCUACUAUAGAUAUUUUCAUAUACUCAAUAUUUAAUUUAUUUAAGAGAAGACAGAAAAAUAAAUAUCUUUGAGAGUAAA